AGAGAAUCUGCUCUCCCGCUUAGAUAUUACUUUUUUAAUCGUCGUCCUUAUUAGACCCUGUUCUUCACGAGAUCCAGGGGACAUAACCUGACGGGUGGGGAGGGGAAAGUAGAAGAAGGGAAGAAAGAGAAAAGAAGGACAUAGGAUACGGGAGAGGAGAGAGAGAGUGCAAAGGAGCGUGAUGUCGACCAGCAGAAAAUUCACAAGCUACGUCACAAUCGUAGGCCUAAUUUGCCUCACAAGUCUCCUGGUCACCGUCGACAGAAGAAUCCCAAAUCCUCAGGAGAAGAGAUGCUCCUUUCCCGUUCUCACGUCCACCGCUCAGUACAGGCAGUACAUCAGCUCCAAGCAGACGACGUGUGAGAACUGGGCACAGUUGGGGGGGUGGCUUGCAGCCCCUAAAGAUGGCCGUAAAAUGAUGUGUCUGGACGAGAGGUUUGACAUCCAAGCAGGAAAGUGCGUCGUCUUGUCCUUCGGUGUAAAUAACGAAUGGUCUUUCGAAGAUGACGCAGAGAAGCUGGGUUGUAAGGUGUAUGCCUUCGACCCUACCAUGGGAAUGGACGACCACCAGAGGACGCCGAACAUCCAGUUCUUCAAGCUUGGCAUCUCGGACGUCGAAGGAGAAAAAAAGAUCGGCAUGAACCCAGUUGCAACGGAUUUCAAUUUCCACAAAGCGUUCCCUGUCGACCGCUACGAGAACAUCGUCCGGCGUCUGGGACUCGAAGGCCGCGUCAUCGACAUCGUCAAGAUGGACAUCGAACUCUCCGAGCUGGACGUCCUGCGCGACCUGCUGGACGACUCGCCUCACUUCCUCAGGAACAUCAACCAGUUAUCUAUAGAGAUCCAUCACGAUUAUCUACUAGGAGACUUCGGCCCCAACAGCACCGUGCGGAAAUUCUGGCCGCUUUACCACAGGCUUCGAUGCCACGGUUUCUCCAUCAUGAACUCCAAAGUGAAUUUAUAUUGGCAGGAGGUGGUAUGGGGGCGGGACACUGCUGGUAUCCCCUUGACAGAAUAAAAGCAGUGACAGUGAAAAAGAAAACACAGUGACAAAUGAUAAACGUCAGUGUAAAAGCACUGCCGGGUGAUAAGUGCCAGUGAAAAUAGUGACGAGUAUUAAGUGCCCAGUUAAAAAACCGUGAUGAGUGACAAAGUGUUUUGUAUGAUUAGGAUGAAAAACUUGUUUGUAAUCAAA